AUGUUGCUAGUGGUGUUAUAGGUAUAGUUUUAUAUAAAGACUAAAUUCAAUAAAAUUUAAUAAUAGAUUAUUUGGAUAGCUUUUAGUUUAAUUAUCUUACUUUCUUAGCCUAAUUCUUUAUACUUAAUGUAAACAAGAUAAAGUAUUCAAUAUUUAAUAUUAUAACUUAAUAAUUCCAGCUGUUGUCAUUAUUUUUCAGACUAUUACUUGCAGAAACUCAAUAUGGCUUACUAUUAAUUACUUACUUAACUCUGCUGGGUAUUUUUUAAUUCCUUAAUUAGCUCGUAAUAUUUAAUAAGCUUAAUACUUUAGCUCAUUUCUUAGAUUAGUAGUAGGGUUUGUUUAUUUUAGUUAAGAUAUUGUUAGCUAUUCUGGAAAUUAUGA